AUGGGUAUCAAACAUUCUGUCAUUGCAGAUAUUUCUCAGAAUGUUAGUAAUGGCGAGGAAACCACAUACUAUGGGAAUGGUAUAAGCCUCACCAGGACAGAUGAGCCAAAGAUAAAAAUCAGAUAUGGAGAAGAUGGAACAGAACCACUCACGAAUUACAAACGAUAUCACCAUAUACUCUCGGAGAGUAGUGGAUUGUCAGCCGGUUACGAACUAUCUGCUAUAUACCAUGGAAAAAAUAAACAGGAGGGAUUGGAGGAAAAGGGUGAUCUUAAAUAUUAUAGGGUAGCGGAGGUAAUAUAUUGGUUAAAUGAUGAACACAAUUUGUUUCCACUGAUCAUUGGUCUUGGUACACCAAAACCAACCUAUUUUAAACGUGAAGGAAAUCUUCUUGGUAACAGAUGGAAAUGGGCUGAAAAGAUUAUACCUCCAGCUACAAUAUCAGACUAUAAUAAAGUCCUACCUGAUCUUAACAAAAUUUUUAAGGACGUAGUCGUCAUACGACUUCAAGCUGAUAAAAACUAUUGUGGUCAUCCCUCCGUCAAACAAGAGGGACUGGUCCCAAAAGAUUGUGGUUCGGAGUCGGUAAAAUUUCCUACUGUUAAAGUAGAAUGUAGCAGUUAUAAUCACAAAGGAUUUAAUAAGUAUACUCAUAAGUUUAAUGACAGUGGUUUAAUGAGAAUUCUUUCCGCUGUAUAUACCAACAAAGUAUAUUCAUUUGACAUAAAUGACCUCUGGAAACAAUAUAAUGAGGUUAAUGUCUAUUACUCUUCAACUGAUAGCGACAAGAAGAAUCCACUAAUUAUUGAACUGGUAUUUUAUAAUGAGACAAAAGAGUAUUACACAUUUGAAGGGAAGUUUAAAAGAUUUGGUUCUAUCCGUAAUAACAAUCUUUUAGACCCUCUAGAUGAACAAAACUGUGGGAAAAAUAACAUUUCUCUGGCUAAUGUAUCUAAGAAGUAUAACUAUUCCUGUAAAUGCAAGUACGGAAAACGUAGGGAGAUUCAUGUUAGCCAGAACCGUAACAAUGUACCAGUUGGAUCUGAAUCAUAUGAACAUACUCUUAAAAGUAUAGGGGGUAAAGAAACUCCAGAACCCUCUUUUAAUAAGUAUAGAUUCAUGGAUGAAGAUAAAGAUGUUAUAUUGCCCGAAAGUCCAGUGACAGAUACAAACAAGGUAUACGUCUACUUUUGUGGCAGUAACACAAAUAUGCCGCUAUUGGUAUAUAUGGACGAUGGAGAAGGACCCGGAAAAUGGUUUAAAAAGGCUUAUGAAGGAAAUACAUGGAAAGAAGCUAAUUUUGAUUCUUUGUCUGGAACGAGGCCUACCGAUAGCGAUUCCAAGGAUAAGAUUGGGAAAGGACUUGAAGAAAUUUGCAGGGAGCUUAAUCAUAGUGGAUGUAAACAUACAGUUAUUACUCCUGCUCUAACCGCCCCUGUUGCUACUCCACCACAUCCUCCUGUAGGCUCUCUAGGUAGUACAAGCUCUAGUAGUAGCUCUGGAAGUAGUGGUAGUGGAGGUGAUGGUACUAACGCUGCUAGUGGAACUGGACAAGAACCAUCUUCAAGUAGUAGUUCCGGAGGAAGUAGUAGUGCUCCUGCUGGAGCUCUGGAACCCACUGGUAGUAGGGGAGGAGCUGGUAAAGGUAUUCAAGAACAUCCUAAAACUGAUAGUUCUGAUUCUAGUAAUAGUGGAAGCACUACUAAUGAUCUGGAUGGAGCUCGAUCUGACGACGGUGCUGGACGACGAGAUAGUAAAAGACCAGACUCUGAGAGUGACCAAACAGAUAAAGAAGAAUCGAAAACAGAUACAGGUGGUAAAACUAGAGCUGAUGAAACUGAUCUAAAGAAGAUUGUUCGGGAGGCAGUCACCUUCAUUACAACUCACUCUACUGAAAUUAGCGGAGGUGUUGGUGGAGUAUUAGGAACUGGUAUUCUAGGUCUUGCUGUAUGGAAGGCCCCUGCUAUAUUUAGCAAGAUAGUUGCAAUCUACAUUACUUCUGUAUAA